UCACAAUAAUAUUUAAAACACAACUUUCGUGUCGAACACUAGGAUCACAAAUUGUAUUUUAUAACUCGAGAUGUUAUACGUAGUAUAUUAAGACACAUUAGAAGAAUAAAAUCAACAUAUUACACAGUUAAUAAUUCAUACGAACGAUCGACAAUUAACUAUAUUAACUUUUGCUUUGACUUAAAAGUUAUAAGCCUAUCGCUGCCUACCCUCAACUCUAAAACUUUUAAGGUUAUAAUAACCUCGUACUAAAAGUAUGAAUUCGAAGAAAAUACUGUUCAAUGUUACGAAAAACAUUUCGUGUUUAACUUAUAUGAGACAACAUCAACAAAGUCUAUAUUCACAUUAUGUAGACAAAAAUUAUGUCCUUCCGUCAAUUUUAGCAAAUGCUUUACGAUAUUCGAGUGAUAGCCCUUUGAAAUGUUGGAACUGCAAUUUUAUGUACAAAUCUGAUUUAUUUUGUUCCAAGUGUAAAGUUUUACAAGAACCGCCAGAAAAUAUAACUUAUUUCGAUAUAAUAGGUAUUCCGAAAAGUUAUGACGUUACAGUAGCAGACAUUCAGAAAAAGUACAUAGAACUACAAAAGUUAUUGCAUCCUGAUAAAUUCAGUACCAAAUCUGAGAAGGAGAAAGAGAUCUCUGAGAUGUUAUCUUCCUUAGUAAAUAAAGCAUAUAGUACAUUGUCACAUCCAGACUCCAUUUUCCUUAAAUAUCUUUCUUUGAAAACAGUUAAAAAAUAA